GCGGAACUGGUCGGAGCAGGAUGUCAAGGACAUGGCGCGUCCUGAAGACCGAGAGCGCACCACAGUCCCGACUCCUUGUCAAGGCCGCACUUGAAGCUUCGGGCUAUGCCAUCCAUCUGACAGAUCUGAGCAGAGUAUGGGGCGAGACCUUGACCAAGCGUGAGAUAGUGCGGCGAGCGAUCAAAGAAGACUGCAGUAUCGAUCCAAGCGAAGGUGAUGACCAGUAUAAGAUCCUUCUUGAGAAGAUCGAUCAGGCUUUGAGUGAGCGAGACGCUGGCACAUGUAGUGUGAAACCAGGUACUGCAGAAAACGACAGCGUUUUACUGACACUCUUCGCUCCACUGCCAGCUCCAUUACACGAGUUCAAUUGGGCGGUUGACCUGAAGCUCCUACCGGUAGAGCACGUAGCAUCUGAGCUUGUAACGCCACUGCUCCAACAUGCCUGGACUUUGCGUGGUCAGAUCCAACAGUUGAUUCACGCGCUUGGAGACAAGGAUCGCAUCAUUUCGAAGAUCACAGAUAGACUGGAGACUUCCGGGAACGAUCUUACCACGGUGUUCCCGGGAGUAUCCAACAUUAAACUCUCACGCAAGAAGUCACAACGAGAGCAGUUGGCACGACAUGUCAAAGGCUUGGCAGACUUUGAUGAGGCUGGGUGGCAGGACCAUCAGCCAGCCAACAGCAGUCACGAAAGGCUUGACGACCAAGCGUUGAACAAUGUUCUUGCGGGACUAUCUGCUACCGUUUCAGACGAGCUGGGAGACAGUAAUGGUGCCGAUUGGUGGCGGAGAGCGGACGAGAAUCAGCCAAAGUCACCAAGACCAGCUCAGGGUGAGGUGAACUACCCGCACGAUGGUGGCGUAAACGCCUCAGCGUUAGGUGGUGUCCGGUCCGCUAGUGGCAAUCUGGAUGUACAGGAAGACCAAGAUGACAGCGAUUUUCAGAGGCAAUCAACUCCACCGUCUGUGAAGCAUGAAGGCCACGCGGAUGCUAUGGCUGCAAGUGCGACAUCCAGCACGAAGAAGCCGCCAAUCAACGUCGGCCCAGACGACGAGAGCACAGAAGAUGAGGAUGAUCUUGAUGCGCCAAGCAACAGAGCCACGCGUUCUCAGCACGGCGGGUUCUCGCAUCACCCGUCUCAAUCCAGCGGCAACAACAAUGCCGCCGCCGCACUGCUUCACCGCGACCAUACAAGCAGCGAACGUUCACCGCAGCCCACACCGUCCAAGCAGGGCAACCCAGACCACCGUGACACGCCCAGUAGCAAACCCAAGCCUAAGCUCGGUACCAUUGGCGGCAGAGGCAAACCCUCCGUCACUCCGGAGCCUAAUGCUACAGAACAAGCAGCCGUUGCAUCUCCAUCCCGACCGCGCAGUAAGCUCGGCACAAUUGGCGGCAAGAAUAAGGCUACGAGCUCCGCAGCCGCGACGCCAGCACCCGACAUCCCAGCGCAGCAGUCGCCGCCCGCAAAGAGCCAUAAGCUCGGUAUAAUCGGCGGAAAGAAGGCCAACAGUGACAGCGCUGGCUCUCGACAUGACUCCCAACAACACUCGGAUAGGGACGGACAGCCGUCUCCACCAAGGCAGCCGCGGGCAAGCGAGCGACGAGGGACCAAGGAGCCUACGCCUCCGCGCGAAACGUCGCAGGAACGGGCCGAUAGGAAGCGAGCGGAGCUCAAGCGGCAGAUAGAUGAAAGAGCGAAGGCGCCGGUAAAGAAGAAGCGGAAAUUUUAGAAGUACUUGCCGAUAUCCCAAAACUAUUUUCUUGCCGUUUCAGCAAAUCAUCGCUCUCUUAGCAGCUAAUGGUCCUUAAUGAGGCUGGGAAAAGCCCGCGCAGUGAAGCAAUGGUAGGACUUGGUACAGUCAUCCCCGU